AUUAAUUCAGACAUUUAAACAAAAAUGACAAGGCUUUGGGGUUAGGUAAACAGUACACGCUAACGAUAUCGGCUUCAUUGAUAGAAGAAUUUCAUUCUAUCCGGAUUUUUCCGUCAAUCCGUUUAACGGUGUAAGUGGUCAUAACAGACCAAGUGUACAAAUUUAAGCCAAAUUAAGAUAAUCUGGAGUCUUUUAAAAAUAGGGUCCCAUGAAGUAAUAGCUCGGCAUGAUGUUAUCACAAUGUUUCAAAUACGCAAACGAGCUAUAAUCAACAUACACUGCCUUGAUUUCCAUUAUGGAUAACUAUAAUGUAUAUAUUAACAUUUUAUCUUUGAUACUCAUUUGGCUAGGUAACACAGACUCACAACUGAUCUUUAACCUCGCCGAGUCUUCGAGUACAGAUUGUUCUCAGGAUGCCGACAUUGCAUUCCUUAUCGACACCUCCAGAAGUCUGGGUCUACAAGCUUACCAAAAGGAACUCCACUUCGUUGAGCGGGUCUUAGAGCGGUACGAGAUAGGACCGAACAAAACCAAAGUAGCCGUGAUAACCUUCAGUGCUGGCAGCAAACUGGAGUUCGACUUUAACCGAUAUCAGACGAAGGAUGAGGUACUGAGGGCUAUUAGGAGUAUCCCGUACACGGACGGAAUGUGUACCACUAUAUACAGGGCACUGAAGCAAGCUAGAGAGGAAGUGUUUGUUCGACAGGCCGGCGACAGAGACAACGUGAAGAAUCUUGCAGUCAUUCUGACAGACGGAGAGACGAACCCAGGUAGGUACGAUCUCUUUACUUUCCCGAUGGCUAAGUCCCUGACGAGACAGGAAGCUAACGAUUUGAAGUUUCACGGCGUGGAGGUGUUCGGUAUUGGGGUGGGACACCGUGUGGAUCACGUGGAGAUGAUCGGGAUAUCGAGUGGCGCCAGGAAUUACUACCGCGUGGACGACAUCGACGACUUGGAGAAAUCCAGACUGUUCCACGUACUUCUUAACAAAGUCUGCGCAAGUCCUCUAAGACGGCGAUGUAACAACAAGCCUGCCGACAUCUUCUUCAUUGUGGACAAAUCCUCCAGUCUCGGAAGCGUGGCAAACUUCGACAAGGAGCUCUCCUUUAUUGCCAGAUUCGUGGAGGGGUUUAACAUUGGACAGGGUGCCCAGGAUGUGAGGGUGGGCGUUAUAUCCUUCAGCACGGACGCCCAGCUAGAAUUUGGACUCUCUGCUCACAACGACAAAAGGAGCUUACAAGACGCACUGCUUAAUAUCAAAUUCUCACUUGGAAAUACGUAUACUCAUAAGGCGUUUGAAAUUUUACUAAAUCAGGGAUUUUCUGCCUCCCCACGCCCCCUUACGGUACCUCGUGUGGGUGUGAUUAUGACAGAUGGGCAGUCCACGAAUCCAUAUAAACUAGACGACGUCCUAAAGCUGGUCAAACUCAGAGGAAUAGAAAUAUUCUCUAUUGGUUUUGGAAGCGUGGACAUUCCUGAGCUAAACAAGAUGGCGACAGUUCCUGACCACACUCACGUGUUUGUCGUGGAUGAUAUUCACACGCUCGACACCGUGCGGGACGAAUUAUAUCUGACGAUCUGCAAUCUGAUUGGACAGUCCUAACACACACCUACCCA